AUGCCGCCCAUGUCUUACGGUACCUACGCCCGUCCGCCGCUCAAGGACCUGGUGGAAAUCUCGACCCUCCCAGCCGACAAGGUGCCCACCUCGGCGUCGUCCUCGCACCGCCUGAUCGUCAUCGGCGAUGUCCAUGGCCAGAUCAACGAGCUCAAGGCCCUCCUCGACAAGGCUGAAUACUCGAAAAAACGGGGCGACCACAUAAUAUUCACCGGCGACCUGAUAAACAAGGGUGUCGACUCGCCCGGCGUGGUGCAGCUCGCCAUGGAUCUCGGCGCCAGCAGCGUGCGCGGCAACCACGAGGACCGCAUCCUGCUGGCGUGGGACAACGAAAACUCGCGGAACAUCCUCGGUAGCAAGGCCGCGGACAAGGGCGGCAAGAUUGCCGAUCUCAAGGGCCUGUCCCCUGAGCUGGUGGAUGACAUGGCCGAGCCCGCACUGGACGGGCAGUCGGGAACGCAGAGCGCCGAGGUGCAGGUCGCGCGGUCCCUCAACAAGAAACAGAGGGAGUGGCUCUCAAAUCUCCCCGUCAUACUGAAGGUGGGCUCCCUCCCCUCCUACGGCCACGUGGUCGUAGUGCACGCCGGCCUGGUCCCGGACAUACCUCUGGAGAGCCAGGACCCCUGGGCCGUCAUGCACAUGCGCACGCUCGUCUACCCGGCCGAGCAGCUGCGCCGCGAGCGCACGAAGAAGAUGCUCGAGGACAUCCGCUCCGAGCAGGCCGGCAAGCGCGUCUCCGUGCCGGACGAGGAAGUCGACAGGGAGCUUCAGAACUCGCACGACCGGGGAGAGGGCAGGGCAGACCGCAAUGUCGCGCUGCCUGUCGAGGGGAGAGGCGGCAAGCCGUGGAGCGAGGCGUGGGACGAGAACCAGGAAAAGCUCAACGGCGACAUCGAGAAGACGACGGUGGUCUACGGACACGACGCCAAGAGGGGCUUGAACGUCGGCAAGUUCGCGUUCGGCCUCGACAGCAGCUGCGUCAAGGGCGGCAGGCUGACCGCCAUGAUCUUCGAGCCGCAGGGCGGGAAGGUCGGGCACAGGCUCGUGAGUGUAGAGUGCCAGAUGGCACCCGGGGAGAAGGCAAAAGCCAACGAGGAGCAGAGGCGGAAAAAGAGAGGCGACGACGAGCAGAAGAGGUAG